AUGACUUUAUAUGAAAACCAAGAUUGGGGUUUGGAGGCCGAGCUACAGAUUUCAUCAAUGAUUGGAAAUUCUGCCGCUGAAAAAUCGUUCCUUCAAAAAGUCCUCGGAACGCAUCUCCGUAGCACUACAAAUGAAGUCGAAAUCGAACGGCAAAAGAAAGGUUCUCCUCUGCAUUCAGUGAAGUCUUUUGAACAGCUCAGGUUGACGCCAGAACUAUUGCGAGGAGUGUAUUCUAUGGGGUUUAACUAUCCUUCUAAAAUUCAAGAAAUCAGCUUGCCCACCCUUCUCGCCAACCCUCCUGUGAAUAUGAUCGCUCAGGCCCAGAACGGUACUGGCAAAACGGCUGCUUUCGUUCUAGCUGCUUUGAGCAGAGUCAACGAAAACUUAGACUUCCCCCAAGUUUUGAUCCUGUCUCCCACAUACGAGCUUGCCUUACAGAUAGGCGAAGUUGCAAAGAAGAUGGCCCAGUUUUGUACCGGAAUUCGAUUUAGGUAUGUGGUCAAGGGAGAGAAUCUCGAAAGAGGGCAAUCUCUAACAGAACAUAUCCUAAUCGGAACCCCGGGUAAGGUUUACGAUUGGUCCAGGCGACGUAGUUUCUUCGACAUAACCAAAAUUCACACAUUUGUGCUGGACGAGGCGGACGUGAUGAUAUCUACCCAAGGACAUCAAGACGAGUGCAUCCGCAUUCACAAAAUGUUGUCUUCUGUCUGCCAGAUGCUGUUCUUCUCUGCCACAUAUACCUCCGAAGUCAUGGAAUUUGCGGAAUUCAUCGUCACCGAUCCCAUAAUCAUUCGUCUUCGGAAAGAGGAAGAAUCUCUGGACAACGUGAAACAGUAUUACAUCGUCUGCAAAUCGGAGGUGGAUAAAUAUCGUUUUCUGUCCAACAUUUACGGUGUGGUUUCCAUUGGCCAGGCCAUCAUCUUCUGCCGCAGAAAAGUCACCGCCGUUUGGCUCGGGGACAAGCUUCGUGGGGAUGGACAUUCGGUAGCAUAUCUCUCUGGAGAUUUGGAAGUGUCACAGAGAGAGGCCAUUCUGAGUCGCUUUCGGGAAGGAAAAGAAAAGCGCUGUGCACAGUUUUGGGAGCUGCGGGCUCGCGUGAAGCUGCCCCCGAAACUAAGAGUCACGCCUCUGCCCUUAGCCAAUCGCAAUGACUGA